AUGUUACCGGCGGAGGAGAAACUUCCCCCUUCGGUCAAAAGUCGGAUGUUGUUGGAUCGGCUCAUUGCCUGUACCCCGGAGGGAGCCAGGCCGGUUUUGAGAAGACGUCGACCUGAGGGUAUCACUGAGGUCUGCCAGAUUAUAGAGGAUUACAGAGGAAAGCAGUCUCGGACGGCCAAGCACGCUGCGGCGGCUGUGUCCGAGGAUGAGCAUGCGUGCCCCGGGGCGGUGGUUCAACCUUCCCCAGACAAGGACAAGCAGUUGGCUUCGCUUAUCGAAUCUCAGACUAAGGCUAUCAACGCUAUGCAUACUUCGCAGAAUGCCCUGCUCGGGUCCCUGAAGGACCUCCUCAAGGCUCAGCAAGACACUGGGCGUAAGGAUAGGGACAUGCGUGCAGGACUCACGCAGCCCAGGAGACAGCUGAUGCCGUGCGGGAUCUGUGAGGGGAAGCAUGCAUCCUAUAACUGUCCUCAUAAGAAGUGCAGUCAGGGUUGCUUCAUCUGUGGCUCUAAGGCACACUUGUCCCGCUCGUGUCCUGAGCGCCCCGCUCUGCUGGAGAAGAUUAAGGAGGGUGUGACGCCGGAACAGGGAAAUUAG